AUGGACGUCUAUUCCCCUCCUCCCCAUCAGCAGCAACUAAAAAAUAAGCGUAGUAGUAUGUUGGCUUACGUACCUAUUCAUCGUCGCAACGAAGACGACGAAAAACGCACAAAUGGUAAUAAUAACAAAUAUCGAUCCUCCAUGAGCCAUGAUUUACAACUCGAGUCAAGCGUUUCCUCUGGAUCUUUGAGCAACAACAACAAGAGGGCCUCGAUGAUGGGCUAUCGUCGCUCCACUUCAUCUAAUGCGAACAACAGCAACAGCAACAACAACAACAACAACAACAACAACAGCAACAGCAACAAUCGCUACAGUCGCAACAGUUUCUUGGGUGAUGAUGAUGCUGAUUAUUCUUUGGAUUACGAUAACCACAAUGAACAGAGUGAGGACUGGGAAAAUAUCCUUAGACAGUACGACCGAUACAGCAUGAAUGACGAUGACAAAAGAAAGAGCAAAAGAGCAAGUCGUAUCAUGGAUUCAUAUCAGGAUUUACCAGUGGAGGUACCAAUGGUGGAUGAACCAACUGUCGUUUUGGAUUGUUAUGAUUUUCCUCCUGCCUUUAAAACUCAUCAUUUACAUGAUAUUUUUAGAAGCUAUGAGAGUAGCCGUGGUGGAUACAAGAUCAAGUGGCUAUCAGAUACUCGUGCUUUGAUUAUUUUCGACCAUCCUGCUACCGCUAAAAAGGCCUACAUUGACAAUGUCACACACGCUUUGGCUAAAAUCCGUCCUUACGAUGGCCCAAUGGAUUUCUUAAAAGACAUGAAUACGCCAGCACAACAGCAACAGAGAACCAUGAACAGGCCCAUGUCUAUGGAUUUCAAGAGGCAAUCAUUCAAUGCUUACAACGGCAAUAACGUUCCUUCUGCAGCCAGCAGAUCUUCCAACAGAAGCUCCAUGAGAAUUGACGAAAACGAUAUUAAGAGAUUGAGCAUUGCACUUGAUUGA